UGCAGGAAGCAUAUAAACAGGCACCUUAGUGGUACCAAUUUUACCAUCCAGACCAGAGUCAAGCCACAGACAGACAUGGCUGCUGAAGGCUGGCCUGCACUCUUGAUGGCUGUCCUUUCCCUAGGCCUCUUCGCUCAACCCUGUGACCCUCAAGAGUUACGGUGUCGUUGUGCUAAGAUGGUGUCUGAGAUGAUUCCUCUAAAAUGCAUUAAAAACAUCCAGGUGAUACCCCAGACUAUUUACUGCAGCAGAGAUGAAGUCAUAGCGAUACUGAAAUAUGGGGAUAUAAUUUGUUUGGAUCCUAAGGCUAAAUGGGUGGAGGCUCUUAUCAAGAAGAUUAUAUACAGGUUAACUGAGGACCACAAUGACACGAUACAUCCAACAGUAAUGAAUGCUGAGAGGAGGUUCCUUACUGAUGACCACCAGGGAAUGGGACAUCCAACAGAAAUGAAAUCUCUGCACCUCUUUAAGUUUGAAUAUUCUCUAGAGGAAAACCCAUUUGUGUGAACUGAGGACUGCGAUGAACUCCUCUCUCAAAUCAUUGUGUAUACUCUCCUGAUUAGCUUAUGAAAAGAGAUGUGGGGAUGGAGAUGAUGAAAUUAUUAUUAUGUGGGAAGAACUAACCCCAAGUCUCUCUUAGUAAGUAGGUGGGGCCUUUCUCUCUAGACUCAGCCUCUUCCACAGCUGACCACUGUCUUUUUUACCUUCUUGACUUCCUGGCAGACAAUCACAGGUCACGGUUUUCCUUCUCUCACUUUAUUUCCACAUUACAUUUAACAGCAUCACACACCCUUUUGUUGACUGACAAUACUAGAACUUGAGAAGUUAAGGCAAAAAGAUCAUACAUCCAAGGCUAGCCUGGAUUACACAUCCAGUUACACAUAAACUUGGGCUAUUGUGAGACCCUCACUCAAAAAUGUACACAGAAAGACAGACACACAGACAGACAGA